AUGUCGUCGGCACAUACAAAGAAUAGUUUUCCUAGUUUGUCCUUGCUUUUUCUAGUUUUCAAAGACGCACCACCCACUCCUCCUUCACACGCCGUAGCUCAGCAAGAUUCCACUGAAUUCGUGAUAUCACUGAAGAAUCUGCUUAAAGACAAAUCUUUCAUGCUUCUGUUCAGCGCAUAUGGCAUCAGUACUGGUGUUUUUUAUGCUAUUUCGACUCUUCUCAACCAGAUCAUCUUACAUUACUAUCCGAACGGAAAUGAAGAUGCUGGUCGUAUAGGUUUGGUCAUAAUCGUGGCUGGAAUGAUUGGAUCUGUCUGUUGUGGCGUCAUUUUAGACAGGUAUCACAAGUUCAAGGAAACAAUCCUCACUGUAUAUGCCUUGGCCCUGAUGGGGAUGGUUCUCUUCACCUUCACAGUAUCGACUGGACUAUACGUGGUUUACAUAACCUCGUUUCUAUUAGGAUUCUUCAUGACCGGGUUGCUCCCCAUAGGUUUCGAAUUGGCAGCCGAGCUGACCUAUCCAGAACCAGAAGGCACCUCCUCAGGUCUGCUCAACUUGUCGGCCAGUGUAUGCGGAAUUAUUUUUACCAACUUAUACUCUGUUAUUUUCUACCAAGUCGAUGCCAUGUGGGCCAAUAUAUCGAUGUGUUUGAUGUUGUUUGUGGGAACGGUUCUCCUUGCAUGCACCAGCUCAAAUUUGAAGAGGCAGGCAGCGCAGACUAAGAAAAAUGGAGUGCCCUGAAGCAUCCAUCAGGAAAUUGGUUAACUUUUUGUCUGAAACUUUGUUAAAAUCAUUGCUUCGCCAUUUCUUUCGAUUAAAAAUUUCAAAUAUU